AGUUGAAAAAUUAAAUGGUGGAAGUAAAAGAAAGAACAAGGCCUAGAUCUAGACACAUGUUUAACUUAUUGCUUUUAGUCGCUUGAAAUUAUCUAGAUUUGAAUAAAACAGAAGCAGAAAAUGAUACCAGAAUUUCAAGUCGUAAUUCUUGCUGCUGGAGGUGGCUCCAGAAUGUAUCCACUUACCGAGGAGAUACCGAAAGCAUUACUCCCUGUUGGCAACUUGCCUUUAAUUUGGUAUCCAAUAAACAAUCUCCAUAAACAUGGAUUUGAUGAAUUUAUCAUUGUGGUCCUGAGGUCAAAAGAAAACAUGUUCAGCCAAGCUUUGAAACCAUGUUGUGACAAGAAAAUAAAGUUUAAUUUUGUAACGAUUCCUGACGAUGAAGAUUUAGGAACUGCAGAGUCACUAAAAUUUAUCAAAGAUAAAAUUGAGACUGAUACCAUUAUUGUAAGUUGCGAUUUGAUAACAGACGUGCCAUUUCACCGUUUGGCAGAUGUUCACCGGACUCAUGACGCAACCCUGAGCGUCCUGAUGGCGCCACGUGUCGAAGUACAGCAAGAAAAGGAAGCUAAUAAAGGUGGCAAAAUAAAAACCAAGGAUAACGAGCAAGGACAGAAAGACUUCAUCUCCAUUGACCGACAAGAAGAUCGACUGUUGUUCAUGCUUAAUGAAGCUGAUUUAGAUGUUGAUAGCAUUUCGAUAAAAAAGUCUUUAUUGAAAAGGUACCCUUCAAUGAUGAUUCAAAAUGACCUUGUGGAUUCUCAUAUGUACAUCAUGAAGAAAUGGCUGAUCGAUUUUAUUGCAGAAAACAGGUCUUUUGAAAGUCUAAAAGCUGAUGCCAUCCCGUACGUGAUUAACAAGCAGUUUUCAAAAGCUAAACAAAAGGAACAACAGAAUGACUUGAAUUCAUCAAUGGCAUCCUUGACAGAAUGUAAUACAAAACCAGAUAUCUUUAGUUUCGCUAGAGAAGACGACGUCAGGUCAUCGGUGCGUCUAUGGUCAGUCCAUGGCGAUAGCGGCAACUCCUCUGAGUGUAGCGGCGUCAUUCGUUGCCAUGGCUACGUUGCGGAUGACAACUUGACAGUAAGAAUCAAUGACCUACCGGCUUACACGCACAUCAACCGCGAGAUAACCAAACUUUUGCCAACGAUUUUACAAAAUCAAGACUUUGCCAAAAUCCACUCCACUGUUCACGUUAAAGAAAAAUCUCAGAUUGGUUCAGACUGUAUCGUCGGGGAGAGUGUCAGUAUUUCAGAAAAUGUAUCAAUUAAAAAGUCAACGAUUGGAAAACAUUGCAAGAUUGGGUCCAAAGUCAAAAUCAGCAACUCGGUUGUUAUGGAGUAUGUUACAAUAGAAGAUGGUUGCAGCAUUCAAGGCAGUGUCAUAUGCAACUAUGCAUACAUUAAAGAAAACAGUAACUUGAAAGACUGCCAGGUUGGAGCCAACAUCAAUGUGCGAGGUGACCACAACAAAGAGUUACUUGUAAACGAGGUUAUGGAUCUAGAUGAUUGACAGCUCAUAAUAAAGGAAUCACUGGUUCCACAGAACGGAGGAUGUGACCGACAUGUUAAUGCUAACCAUUAUAAUGAUAUUACAGAAGAGAUCGAUAAUCCUAACUCGUUAUGUAACCAUUCAGUGCAAAGCUACCUAACGAUAAACCACGCUCUAUUUUUGUUAACGUCUCUGCACAGGUAAUGCGUUGAAGGCCUUUCUUUGCGACUAAAAAGUCGUAAAUUUAAUUUUCUUGAAUGAGUGAUGCAACAAAUUUUGUAGUCACAAUACCUAGAAAUUUAGAUUUAAUUUAAAUGUGUUUGGUA